AUGCACUUCCUCACAACUACCGCGCUCAAGGCGGUCACUCUGGUCAGCACUCUCCUCGCUGGCAUCAUCAUAGGUCAACAGGCUGAGUCAGCCGGCCUCGUUCUCUACACACCUCCAUCUUCCUUCAAAAUCCUCUAUGAUACAUACAUCCAACCAGUGUUUGCAACCGAAACCUGGACAAAUCUUCUCCCGGCUCCUGCGGUCAACGUCUCUCUGGUCCAACAACCUCCCACACCUCCUCACAUCUCCGAAGACAACCGGUCUGUUCUUGUUUCAGUGUUUGUGGGGACAAAUGGAAAGUGUCCAGCGCCUAUUACGAAAGACCUUGUUGUUUACGAACCUCCAAUGAACGGCCCAUCAUGGGAAGAGAUCAUGGAGGCUCUAAGUCGCAUACGCAAUCUGUCCACGCAAUCAGUACUCACCGGUGUCAUCCUACUAUACACCUUGUACUGCGUACCCGUUCUUCUCGUCCUUUGUGGCAUCAUACCACUGCUAAAGUUAUAUUGGAGGAGCGAGGAAGAGAAAAGUAUUUACCUCCAAGCAUUGCAAGCCAGCCAGACUCAAGUCCGUAAUCUUUUGAAAGAUAACAAGGUUAAAACUUGGGCUCUCCUUCGAGGAUUACGCGGACUUCACCAGUCGAACGCGUGGCAUAGACAAACUGAACAUGAACUCGAAGACGAACUCGAGGAUGCACGAGAGGAUGUCAUCUCACUCACGGCUCAACUUCAGGAGGCUGAGAGACAACUUAGGGAACAAAAUUCGUCAUCGCAAGCCUUAGUUCUAAGUAGAAACCCAAGGCCAGGAAUGCGUCGUCUGUUAGAGCUUACAAAUGGCCCAGCGACCGAAGGAGACGAGCAUCGUGCUGCUCCUUCCGCCACCUCCGACACUGACAACACUCAUCUUCCAAAUGCUGUUAGGCCGGCUGCUGUAGGCGACAACGAUUAUGGCGUAGAACCGGAUACGGAAAUCUUUGCGGCAGAUGAGGAUGACGACGAUGAAGGUAUCAACAUCAUCACGAAACGUGACGAGGAUGAUGAACAAGCAACACCAACACCACCUCUGCCUGCAGACAAUCCUGAUACACAAGACUCUGCCAGCGUCCCAGAUGGUGACUUGCUACUUCCUGUGCUCGCCAAUAUUGAUCCCCGCGAUGAACUCGUAUCAGAGGCUAUCUCGUCUUUGAUCAAAGAUACACACAUCACCAUCUCUGACGACGAUCUAUCUGUCUACCCUAUCCUCGAUCCACAAUACGUCAAGAAAGUGUUGGAAGAUGCUGUGAACGAAAAGUUCGGUGCAGAGGAGACGACAGAAUCUCCAUCUGAAGAGGUUGUCUACGAAACAGCAGUAGCAACUUCGUUACCAGACUUCACAGAAGAUGAGUCUGAAGCUACUUCAUCACCCCCAGAACCUCGGUCUGCUGAUGAGCCUGCAGUAGCAGAAGAGCUUGUAUCAUGCGAGGGUGCGAGUCCAGAAGAGCCCGCCCAAGCAGAGUCCGCCAGCAGUGUAGUUAGCACGCCACAGAGCGAUGACCAGAACCUUCAAUCUGAAGAUGCAUCGUCGCCAUCGACGGCAGCAGACGCAAAAGACUCCAACAACGAGGAUGCAACUGCUGUUGAGAGCGACCAGGUUCAAAAAUCAGCACCCGUGAUGCCAGUCCAGCCGGUCGCAGCUAUUACUACUGGCUCUUUCAAUUUCAACGCCAACCCAGCAUUGGACUCCAAUGUCUCCACUGAAGCGGUGGACAAACAGAAGGAAGCGGCCGAUCGACAGAUGGAAGCCGUGUUGUUCAAAUUGACACAUCGCACACCCAAGGCGAUAACGAAGAAACGAUCGGCUUGCGUGCAGAUGACUCGGCCUAUAUCAUCCUCCAACAAACGGGCUCCUGCUGUCAAAGCUUCAGCCAACGUCUUCAAUUUUGCUGAGCCCCCUCCACAGGCUUCGCAACCAACCCCGUUGAGUCAGGCUGAGCUACCCUCCGCUAACCCAUUCAGCUCCCUGGCUCCAGCUAAGCCACUACAAUUUUCUUUCGGUCCCACGGCUCCCUUCAAGUUUCCAAAGCCGGAAGAGCGACCGAGAGAGCCAUCUCAAAUUGCGACCGGCCUCCUUCUGAGUAAAGAGUCUGAGCAAGAGAAGGGCAAGGCCGAUAUCCCAACUGAGGCCAAAGAAAAUGCCAACGAUGCGAAGGCCGAGGUCACUGUCUCUACACCAAAACAUACACCAUCUACACCCUCCCCAACCUCCUCCCGCGCAAGCCCACCACCUUCAAAUAUCCCAUCGCUCGAACAACGACAGAAAUGGCAAAGCGAGAGUCGAUGCAUUAAAUGUGGCGAGAACACACACAUCACAUCUAUGUGUGGCUUAAUCGCUCGCGAGCCGAAGGGGACUCGAGGUGGAAAUACACGAUCGAAGACAAAGGAUCGGAGGGAGGAUUAG